CAAGGGGAAACCCAGAAGUUUUGCCUACGCAUUGAGAUACAGAAACAUUUCUCUACACAUGUACUGAAGAAAACCUAGAGCUUUUACUUCUAAUGAGGGAAACAGAAAAGUCUCUAGCCAAGCAGGUUCACAGGUCUGGAGUCUCAGACAUCCAGAUCAUGCAGCAACUGUAUAAAACACAAAAUGAGGGGAAAAAAGGUUUAAUUCUCCAAAAACUUAAAAUAUGUGAACACAAUUGAGUUUCUUAAAACAAACUGAACUGGAAAAUGACUACGGCAUCAAUAUGGCAAGCCUGGCAAAUAAGUUACAGCACUUUCAGUUGUAUCUUGACAGGCAAGACGACCAUGAAGUUGUUUUUGUGCAUGCACUUAGAGAAGCCAUAGUUUGUAUCAAUUAUGCCAUGCAAGUAGAAGUAAUGAAAAGUCUUGGAGACCUGCAUCUUGAGAAAGGCAAGUUAAGUAAAGAUUCAGCAGAGUUUGAGAAGGCUGUUGCCCUGUAUGCUGAUGCCUUGCUGCACUGCACAGAUCCAGAAGUGGCAGAGACUUGUGACAAAUUGGACAAGGAGGGUGGAAAUAUUGAACAGACUUAUGCAGAAAUGUUGGUGACUGCUAUUGCAAACAAAAAUGUCAUCUUAGAGCUUGAGGUUCUAAAAUCUCUUGGUGAUUUGUACUUCAAAAAAGGCAAGAAAACUUUGAAUGUAUCCCAGUUCUCCAAGGCAGCUGCCAUGUACAACAAGGCCCUGACAACAUGUGGAGAUCCUGAGACAAAACAGACCUUGGUGCAUCGUGCCUUGUACAUGGUUAAGAUCUGGGAAGGAGUGAGGAAGCAAACAUCACGAUUAGCAGAGAAGCACUUUGCAGCUGCACUCAAGAAGGUGCAUGUGAGAGAUCCCACAGUCCAGCAGUACCAGAGAGAGGUGGAGCCCAUGUGCAAGUUGGGGGAUGUCUACAGUAAGCGAGGUCAGCAGACAGGAGACGGGGGAGACUUUGUCAAGGCGGCAGCACUCUACAAUGCAGCAAUAGCCAGGUCAGAGGAUCAAGUCCUCAAUGGUAACAUAGAAAUAGCUAUCAAAGAAGUAGAGAAGUCAUUUUUCAAAUGUAUCUUAGGCAUUCAUAGCAAUGUUAGCCACAAUAACACAGAAAAACACAAGAAACAGCUGAGGGAGAUGCGGGACCAGAUCAAGCUGGAGAUGGAAACCAUUGGCCAGCAGCUGGAUCCAUAUGUACAUGAUGAGGAUGACCCAUGCGUCAAAGAGAUAGAGGCAAAACGAGCUCAGGCUGUCAGGCAUUUGUUUGAGAGAAUUGCAAAAGAAAGAAAGGAGUUCAUCAGUCUGCUUGUAGAAGAGUGCAUUGGGUUAAUGGGUCCCUCUCCCUGUAAGUAUGCCCUGAUAGGUUUGGGUUCACAGGCCACAGGACUGGUAACUCCAUACUCAGACCUGGAGUUUGCCAUCUUAGUAGAAAAAGAAAGUGAAGAAUGUCUUGUGUAUUUCCGUAACAUCACCCACUAUCUGCACCUCAAGGUAGUCAACCUGGGAGAAACCAUUAUCCCAGCACUGGGAAUAACAUCUCUCAAUGAUUUCUACUCUAAGAACCCACUUGACGACUGGUACUAUGACUCUGUUACACCACGUGGGUUUGCAUUUGAUGGCUCCAUGCCAACGGCAAGCAAGACUCCACUGGGCAGGCAGGGAACUAUGAACAAACCACCCAGUGAACUCAUCUGCACCCCACAAAACAUGGUCUCAAUACUACAAAAUGAUGUCAGGCUAUACAUGAAGGAAGGAUAUCACCUUGCCACUAUUUUGAGAAACCCAUGCCUGAUAGCAGGUGACAAGGAUUUGAUUGACACAUACAUGGCCAUUACAGUGGAGAUACUGCAAGCUGAUGGGGGAAAAAUGACUCAACAACUGGCACAGGAGAUAUUAAUGGAAAACUGUAGCAUGUACAAAGGUCUUAGAUUAAUCACACCCAGGCUAAUUGAUGUGAAGAAAGACAUAUAUCGUUUCCCAUCAUUAGCAGUAGACUGUUUGGCACUGUCUUCAGGCAUCAUACCUACCACAGUUUGGGAGACAAUAGACAAAAUGGAAGACCAACAAGUGAUCAGUCCCAACAAUGCACACCACCUGACAGUGCUUACCAGCAUCUCAGCAGAACUCAGACUCAGAACAUACAUCGCAACUGGUGGACAGAAGGAAAAGCUGUCAGCUUUGACUUUAAUUGAAACAGAACAGCAUGGACAGAAAAUAUCCCUACAGACUGAUGAUCAAGAAGAAACUCCCCUGAAACAGAUUUUCUAUCUGCCUAAUGAAAAACAGCUUUUCAGAUACUAUUACACAGCAAUCCCUCUUAGAAUUACUCUUCCAGAAUGGUGUAAACAAAAAGCACUUCCAAAUUCAUUCUCUGAAUUUUAUGUGACAACAAUAAAAGCAACAAUGUACACUGAACUAGGCAAAUAUAGCCAGGCUAUCAGCUGCUACCAGGAAGCUCUGAAGGAAGCUGAGGGAAAUGAUGCUGAGAAAAUUUUCCUGCUUCAAGGGCUUGGACUUUCUUUGAGCAGAAUGGGUGAUAAUCAGGGGGCAGUCAUUCACCUUAAAGAGGCUCUUUCAUUGGCACGUGCCUCUGAUCAAAGUAUCACAAGUACAGACACUGCCAUGUCACUAAGAGACUUGGGUCAAUUGUACAACCAUAUGGGCAAUCACAAAAAAGGAAUCAGCUACCUUGAACAGGCACUGCAGAUGUACAGGAUUAUCUAUGGUCUCGGCACAGCACAUUGUUACAUUGCCAUCUUACUCAACAUGCUGGGGGCAGCCUACAGUGGGCUUGGCCAUUAUGGAAAAGCAAUGAGCUACCUUGAACAGGCACUACAGAUGUACAGGAGUAUGUAUGGUGAGAAUACAGCACAUCCUGAUAUUGCCAGUGUACUUAACAAUCUUGGAAUAACAAGGAAACAAUUGAGUGAUUUAAAAAAUGCCCUCAGCUACCUGGAACAAGCCCUGCGGAUGAACAGAACUGUCUUUGGUUAUGGAACAGCACAUGUUGAGAUUGCAACAUCACUUGGAAACCUGGGGGCUAUCUGGUACAGUCUGGGUGAUUACAAGAAAUCACACAGCUACCAUGAACAGGCACUAGUGGUAAACAGGAGUAUCUAUGGUCAGGGUACAAUGCAUCCUCACAUUGCACUGUCACUCAACAACCUGGGAUUAGCCUUGGAUAACCUGGGUGAAAAACGUAAAGCUAUCAGCUACUAUGAACAGGCAUUGCAAAUGCAUAGAAUUAUCUAUAGCAAAAAUACAACACAUCCUGACACUGUCAGAAUACUCAACAAUCUCGGCGCAUCCUGGGAUUCCUUGGGUGAUCACAGGAAAGCAAUCAGCUACCAUGAACAGGCACUGCAAGAAAGGAAGAGCAUCCAUGGCCAUAGUACAAAACAUCCUGACAUUGCCAUGUCACUUAUCCACCUGGGUCAGGCUCUGGUCUCCCUUGGUGAUUACAGAAAAGCAAUCAGCCACUAUGAACAGGCUCUACAGAUGUACAGGAGUAUCUAUGGUCAGAUUUCAGAUCACAGCGACAUUGUAGCCUCACUCAACAAUCUGGGAGGAGCUUUCCAACUUCUUGGCAAGUACAGAACAGCAGCCUGGUAUUACAAACAGGGACUGCAGAUGUCGAGGAGAAUCUAUGGCCAAAAUAAGGCACAUCCUCAAAUUGCUGAGUCACUCAGUGGCCUGGGUUCUGCCUUUGACCAACUGGCUGAUUAUAGAGAAGCAAUAAGUUGUCACAAACAAGCAUUGCAGAUGCGUAGGAGUAUCCAUGGUCAAACUGCUGCACAUCCUAUGAUUUUAUCCUCACUCAUCUACAUGGGGUCAGCGUGGCACCAUCAGGGUGACAAAAAAAAGGCCAUCAGCUACUAUGAACAGGGUCUGCAGAUGUGCAGGAGUGUCUAUGGUCAGAAUACACCACAUCCUCAGAUUGCCACACUACUCAAUAACCUGGGGUCAGCCUGGGGUGAAUUUGGUGACCACAGCAAAGCAAUCAGCUUCCUAGAACAGGCACUGCAGAUGGAGAGGAGUAUCUAUGGUUUGACGACUGCACAUCGUGAGAUUGCCAACACACUCAACACCCUGGGUAUUAUCUGGCAGGCCCUUGGCAACAACAAGAAAGCACUAAGUCUCUGCCAAGAAGCCUUGGCUAUGGCAAGGCAGGUUUUCCCUCUAGACGAAACCCACCCAUUGAUAAAACUAAUUGAAAGAAACAUUGCUACAAUCCUAUCUUGAAAGUUAAUCUGUGUUGGUAAAACAACAGAACAUAUAGAUAUGACAGGUGGCCAUCAAGCCUCAGCAUCCACAUACAAACCUCAGUAUAGACAUUA